AUGGAAGUGAAAGAGAAAAGACAACAACUGGAGAAAAUUGAGGAACAUCAUGACUUUAAAAUUCAAGAAACAAAAGCCAAAAAGCUGCACACCUGCACUUUGUGUGGAAAGAGCUUUAGUCGAAAAGUAAGCCUUAAGACACACAUAAGAAUUCACACUGGAGAGAAACCGUAUACAUGCACUCAGUGUGGAAAGAGCUUCAGUCGAAAAGUAAGCCUUAAGACACACAUGAGAAUUCACACUGGAGAGAAACCGUAUCCAUGCACUCAGUGUAAGAAGAGUUUUUCUCAUGCAUCAGCUCUCCGUGUUCAUCUGCGUAUUCACUCUGGAGAGAAACCAUUUAACUGUGAUCAGUGUGGUAAAGGUUUUCAUGCAUCAUCACAACUAAAAAAUCACCUGAAAGUUCAUUCAGAUGAGAAGCCUUAUGUGUGUUCUCUCUGUGGAAAGAGUUUUUCACGACUGGAUCAUUUUAAACUGCAUCAGAAAACGCAUAAUGAAGUGAGAGAUCAUGUGUGUUGUGACUGUGGGAAGAGCUUUACUAGAGCUGCCAAUCUGAAACUGCACCAAAGAACUCAUACUGGAGAAAAACCUUACAAGUGCUCAUACUGUGUCAAGAGUUUCACUCUGUUGGGAACACUGAAAACACACAAGCGAGUUCAUACUGGAGAGAAGCCGUACGACUGUACUCAGUGUGGAAAGAGUUUUAUUUCAUCAUCAAAAUUAAACAAACACCUGUUAGUUCAUUCAGAUGAGAAGCCUUAUGUGUGUUCUAUCUGUGGAAAGAGUUUUUCAGGGCGGAUCAGUUGUAAAAAGCACCAGAGAAUACACAAAGCGAGAGAUCAUGUGUGUUGUGACUGUGGGAAGAGCUUUACUGAAUCUAGUAAUCUGAAACGGCACCAAAGAAUUCAUACUGGAGAAAACCUUACAAGUGCUCAUAUUGUGACAAGAGUUUCAGUCGGUCGAGAUCACUGA